AUGCUGAUUACUAAAAGAAUAUCACAACAAAGCCUAACUCUUUUGGGAGUCUUGCUUCUCGCACUGUCGGUAAUGGUGACGGCCGACGUGGCGGAUGAAAACUCGGAAAAUCUCAAACCGUGGUUGAAUCGGUGGGAAAGCCGACAAAUUGGAUUUCACUUGUCAGACGUCAAUGCCGUGCUGACCAAGUUUGCCGAUAAACUCUUGAUGGCAGAAGGUGAAGAGGAUUGCUCCGCGACUCGUGUCUUUGUCCCACUCUGUGGAAAGACUUUGGAUAUGGUCUAUUUGGCGAGUCGUGCGGGUGAUUUGUAUGGAGUGGAAGGCAUCAAGACUGCUCUGGAGGAAUUUGCCGCCGAACAUCCCGAGUUUCAACUUGAAAACAAGGGGACGUCCAACGGAUUUGAACGCUUUCAAGGCAAACAAAUCACUUUGUUGAAGGGGGACUAUUUCCAGUUGUCACAAGGGCAUACCGAAGGGCAAUUUGAUGCGGUAUACGAUCGUGGUUCCUUGGUCGCCAUUAAUCCGGCCUUGAGAAGCGAGUAUGUCAAGGUAUUGGGAGGACUCCUCGCAAAAGGAGCAAGAAUUCUGCUGGUAACCUAUGAACGUAUCGGUACCCCAGAGGCAAUGGCAACGGGUCCGCCGUUUUCCAUCACCGAAACUGGUGUGCGGGAAAUUUACGAAGGAUUGGAUUGGGUAGAAUCAGUAACUUUGCUGCACAAAGAGGAUCAGCUAAUAUCAUUUCCAGGUGUUAAGGAACGAUCCCCAGGAUUGGAUGGCCUUGUGGAGACGGUCUAUCUGAUUCAAGCCAAGAAAUAA